CUCAAUCCCCCAUAUAAAUACUACUGCUACUAUUAGUAAUACCACCAUCAUCCCAAACCCACAACGCAACAAACCCAAACAACACUUCUUUCUUCGCUUCUCUCUCUCUCUCUCUCUUUCCCUCGUUCUCCCUGCAAACUUUACCUCUCAAGUCCGGAAUUCCACCUCUUCCUCCUCCGCUUUCGACCGUAUUCCACACACUCACACACUAGCACUAGCUUUCUUUGUCUUCAAGUCAAAGCCACCGGCCAUCCCGCCUUUUGUAUGACCAAAGCAGCGAUACUGGUAUUGGUCUGAUGGCAACCGCUCCGAUAAAAUCACAGCCGCUGCAUAACUUCUCCUUGCCCCACCUGAGAUGGGUCCACAAAAACUCCCCCCACCAACAAUCACCUCCUCAUUCCACCCUUCAGCACCGCCGUGAUUCACCCGACUUCGACCCUCCUGGAAACGACAACAACACCACCGCCGCCGCCUCCUCCAAGCCUGCCUCUCGUACCCCUCGUAAGCCGCAGCCGUUUUCUUCUCCUUGUCUCGCUUCUUUCCCGUCUGCUUCUUCCACUCAUCAAAAUCAGAAAGCUGAGCAAGGCGACGACGUGGUGGAAGAAGGCCAUAAGCCGUGGAAUUUGAGGCCGAGGAAAGUGGUGACUUACCCAACAAGCACUGCUACUUUUACUACUCCGUCGUCGUUCAGGAAGAAUGAUAAAGAAAAGGAAAAAUUGCAGGAGGAAACCGGGUCGUCUUUGAGGAAUAGUAAUAUGAGUAAUGACAGUGUUCUAUUGAAGUCAUCGAGUUCGUGUAGGGUGGUUAGAGGAGGAGCAACUGUGGCGGGGUAUGUUGGCGGUGGAGUAGCGUGCCCGGGCUUCGCCGGGACGGAGCGGCAGCAGAGGAAGGUGGUGGAGGAGAAGAGGAAGUUAUGGAUCUCGCUCUCCAAGGAGGAGAUUGAGGAGGACGUGUACUCUUUGACUGGGUCUCGGCCCUCUCGCCGGCCCAAGAAACGGCCCAGGACUGUCCAGAAGCAGCUUGACAAUGUAUUUCCAGGGUUGUAUUUGGUGGGGUUGAGUAUUGAUUCCUAUCGUGUUCAUGAUUCUUUGAGGUAGAUAUGAUGCAUUUGAUGAUGUCACAUUCUUGCUAUUCUCGGAAAGGUUCGGUUAAGCGAAGAGAAAAUGUUGCGCAGGUAUUGCGGUGAUUUAGAGAGAAUGUGAAGGUUGGAAAGCUUGGAGUUUGCUAGUUGAUGCCUCAGCAGGAGGUAUAUUAUGCUAAUGUAGUACAAGAAACGAAAAAGAAUGCUUUGUAGCUGUAUCUACAAUAUUUGUUUUCAAUUUAUAUUCUCUUUUUCCAGUCUCCAGGUACUCAGAUACUAGUAGUGCAAAUUUUAGGGCAUAGUUUGCUUACUUAUAAUAUUAAAGACAGCCUAUGAUGUAAAAACAUGGAUCCUUUUUAUGGAGCGAUUGAGCUUGGAUUAUAAUGA